AUGGAGCAUUUUGAAGAGUUAGCAUUACGCUCCGGACCGCCUGUGAUUACACUGUGGAAGAGAUACGUAGAUGACGUGUUCUGCAUUUUGAGGGGCAGCUCCGAUACAGUGGAACGGUUCGUUGACCAUUUAAACUCCAUCCAUCCAAAGGUAAAGUUUACCUUCGAGAUGGAGAGCGACAGAUCCCUACCUUUCCUGGAUGUAAAGUUGAAAGCUAAACCAGAUGUAACCCUGGCACACUCCGUAUACAGAAAGCCCACCCACACUGACAGGUACCUGCAAGCUUCUUCCCAUCAUCAUCCGAGACAUCUGCAAUCGGUGGUCACAUCCCUGGUUAACAGGGCUCGAGACUUAUGUGACUCUGAACACUUAGACGAGGAGUUAGCCCAUGUUCAGAAGGUGCUGAGGAAAAAUGGGUAUUUGCAGACAAUCCCGCGCAAGACUAAGAAGGGGGAGAGACAUCCGCAGGUUGACAGGCAACCAGCCUUUUUGCCGUAUGUGAAAGGGAUAACGGAUAAAGUUGGAUCAGUACUAAGAAAAGUCUCCAUUAAGACUGUAUACACACCGUUAUCUAAAGUAGCGAGUCUCUUACGCAGUCCUAAGGAUGUCAUUCCGUACCAAAGUCCGGGUGUCUACAAGAUAGAUUGCAGUUGUGGAAGUGCGUAUAUUGGCCAAACAAAGCGCAGCGUUCAAGAGAGGAUGGGCUCAACUGCGUUAGGUGCAAGGGGCGAAUACCGAGGCACCAAACUAUCAACGAGCUUCUCCGACGCGCCUUGGCCUCAGCUAAUAUUCCCAGCGUUUUGGAGCCACCUGGUCUAA